GAGCCCGGGGAGGUGGCCCUGGGGGUCAGGACCUAGCCGUCCUCCCUGCGCCCACGUGGGGUGAGUGCGGCGGCCUAGUCCCUCCGUCGGAGUUGAGGGGGCGGCCGGGAGCCUGGGCUCUGUCCCUGGCUGUGUCUUCCUGGACAAGCUGUAUCUGAGCCUCCGUUCCCGCUGCGUUUCUGCAGCCGGUUUCAGCCCUCGCCAGCCCCGGUGGGCCUUAGACCAGACACAGAUCCAACAUGAAUGAAGUUUCCUGCAAAAAACGGGAUGACUUUUUGGAAUGGCCUGAGUAUUUCAUGGCAGUGGCCUUCUUAUCAGCACAGAGAAGCAAAGAUCCAAAUUCCCAGGUCGGAGCCUGCAUCGUGAAUGCAGAAAAUAAGAUUGUUGGGAUCGGGUAUAAUGGAAUGCCGAAUGGGUGCAGUGAUGACCUGUUGCCUUGGAGGAGGACAGCGGAGAAUAAGCUGGAUACCAAAUACCCUUAUGUGUGCCAUGCCGAGCUGAAUGCCAUCAUGAACAAAAAUUCUGCCGAUGUGAAAGGCUGUAGUAUAUACGUCGCCUUGUUCCCAUGUAAUGAAUGCGCUAAGCUCAUCAUCCAGGCAGGUAUAAGAGAAGUUAUUUUCAUGUCUGAUAAAUACCACGAUAGUGAUGAGGCCACAGCUGCGAGGCGCAUGUUUGAUAUGGCCGGGGUUACCUUCAGGAAAUUCACACCAAAGUGCAGCAAGAUCGUCAUUGACUUUGAUUCAAUUAACAGCAGACCGAGUCAAAAGCUUCAGUGAGUUACAUCUCAUUAAAUCUCCAGAAGAUUGGGAUUAUCCUCUUCUAAGAAGCUACUAAUGCCUUUCAUCUUGAAGUUACACAUAACUUUUUAAUAGCCAGUACAGAAGAAGUAGACAUCUAAAGAAUAUAAAGCCUCCAAUCUUUUUUACUGUCUCUCCUGUCACAUGGAAUCUUCAUCUGUUUAAACUAUUGAUUUAGGGUUUAAAAUAAGGGACCUGUAGAUAGCCUGUCGCACAGGGCUAGAGAGAGGAUGCCUCCUCCUCGUGUGUCCUGUUGCUGGGGUGCUGGUUGCUCUGCAGAAGGGCAUCAGCUAUCUGUCAUCCUCUGCAUUUCAGCAGCCACUGUUCACUGCUACAUGUGCUGGAAGGACAAAUAAAUAAUUGUCGUGUUCUUAGCGGGGAUGAGCAGACACACUGAUUUGAACAUCUGGCCCAAAUGAAGCAUAACUUGUAGUGCCCUUGGAAAAAAAUUAGGACCCAAAUGUCAGGCACAUGAAAGUAUUUGCUGCACAGAGUUGAAGGAAACCCCCACGCACCCACCCAGAAAACCUAGCUAGGCUGGCACAUCUGUCUUGACAGAUGAUAAGCGUAACUGAACCAGGAAUAUAUUCUCUGCUCCUGCCUUCCUGCUACACACAGGGUAGUGGCACGUUGUCCCUCCGGGGGUGGGGCCUCCUGUUGUUUUGGCUUCCUAUUUUGGUUUGUUGGUCACAUGGAGCUCUUACAUUUAGUUUAUCUGAAUAAUAAGUUGUUCCCAGAGGAGACAUCCUGUCUCCACUUGUCAUCCCCAGACCACGCCCUGCUAUGGCGGCAGCUGCACUUGUGUGGAUGGGAGGGGGGCAUCCACCCAGCCCCUUCCACUGGGUGAGAAUAUGUAGCUUCCGCGUGCCGGCACGGUUCAUUUCCAAGGCCGCCGGUUCAUUUCCAAGGCUGCCAUACAGCCAGAGAGUAAAUGAAUUCCUAUCCUGUAAGUGAAUUGUGAGACAUUCCGCACUCCUGGAGGCGCUUUAUUACAGAUCUGCUGGUGACUGGAGCUCGUGUGUGCUCCUGGCACCAGGCUGUCAUCUGCACAAAUUCACCUUCCUGAUCUCCGGGAGCUGGGAUGCAUGGCUGUGCCCCUGUCUUUAAUCUCAUUUAAUUUUUAUUAAACAUGCUCAGUACCUUUGUUGAGAAAAUGCUUUUUCUGUCCUAAAGAUUAUUACCUUUUUAAAGUGCUCUUAUAUUUUCAUGAGUUUUUAUUUUGUCUCUGAGGUUUUGUACUCCAUAUCCUGGGGCAUUUUGUAAUUUGGCUGCUUACCAAUAUUAUUAAAAUCUUAUUAAAAUCUA